UUGCAGAGUGCAGGCCCAGCUCUCAUCCUCUAGCUUCUAUGCCACCACUUGUCCGAAGUUGCAGAGCAUUGUGAGCUUAUCCAUGGCCAAAGCAGUGGCCAAUGAACCUCGCAUGGGGGCUUCCAUUCUUCGCCUCUUUUUUCAUGACUGCUUCGUUAAUGGUUGUGAUGCAUCAGUUCUGCUCGAUGAUAACUCAACUUUUACUGGUGAAAAGAACGCUUUCCCAAAUCAAAACUCGCUUCGUGGAUUUGAGAUAAUCGACAGUAUAAAAUCUCUUGUGGAGGCGUCGUGCAAAGCCACUGUUUCGUGCGCGGAUAUCCUCGCGCUUGCUGCUCGCGAAGGUGUUGUCCGG